AUGAAUUCUGGUUCUUACUACCAGCAUCGAACCCAGAUGCCGUCUGGAUUGCCUGAAGACUUCGAGUAUGACGAGAGCAUUGAUGCCCCAGCGCAAGCGUCUCAAUCAAUGUUCGCCUCCUGUGAUGGCCUCCCCCGGACACCGUCUCAGCAACUGAUGAGUUCGUCUUCUCUGGCAUCUAACAUUCUGGGCGAGAACAACAACUUCAAUCUUCAUCAGCCAAUGCCAAUGCCAAUGUCAAUAUCCAUGGCGAACUCCUCUAUGGCGUGGGCAGAUCCCAAUCAAUCUGCCGGAGCUUUCGAGAGUCAAAACAGCAACAAUAACAGCUACGGUUAUGGCUACUCGCCAUCAAACAUGGGUGGAAACGAGCACAAUGGAACCUUCUUCCGAGGUUAUCAACACCAGCAAGAGCAGCUUGAACAGACACCUCGAUACAUGCCAAACAUCUUCAACAACAAUAACAAUGGCAUAUCUCCUGACGAGAGCUUCGAGCCUUCAUCCUAUUUUCUCGAUUCCAGCAAACCUGGUAUGCAGAACCUGAACAACGGCAUGGUCUCUUCAUUCAACUACCAACACCUAUCGAACACUCGAGAUCACCAACGUCUCAGCAUUAGUCACAGCCCAGCUCCAAAGCUCGAGCACGACGAUGCUAUGGACAAUAGUCUAUCCUUCGGGCGUCCAUCUCCAUUUGACAUGCCGUCGAGCGAGAGUUCAGAAGAAGGCAGCAGCUCCCGCGAGAUGACGGCCGUCGAAGUCGACGAUCACAAUGCUGAAGAGCCAUACGCUAAGCUGAUCUACCGAGCACUGAUGAGCCGUCCCAACCACUCAAUGGUCCUCCAAGAGAUCUACCAGUGGUUCAGGGAGAAUACGCAGAAGGGCAGCGCUGUUACCAAAGGAUGGAUGAACAGUAUCCGUCACAACUUGUCCAUGAACGCUGCCUUCAAGAAGACCGAGCGCAAGACAACUGGUGACGACACCAAGAAGUCUACCGAGUGA